AUGUAUGGUAGAACUGCACAAUAUUCAGUUUUUGCACUAAGCAAACGGUUCAACUCCACUGUAGUUAACAAAGCCACAACUAUCUCACCAACACUAUAUAAAGAACCAUCAAAAUGGGUUGGGUUAGAGAACAGCGAGAUUAUACGCUUACACAAUGAGAGAAAAGCUCGUUUGGGUCCAUUGUAUAAGCCAUGCGAAGAAGAAAUGAAUGUUUUACUCCCUACCGCAGAAGAGCAGGGAAUACCAGCAAAGGUAUUUAAGGAAUACUAUUACAAAAGCUCGGAAGAGGUUGAAAGAGAGCUAGGUAUUGCUAAAGGUCUGGAUGAAAAUGUUAAUAUGGAACCAUAUAACUUUGAUGAAUUGCCAUCUCAGUCUCAAAUUUUGGUGCACCAACACCGUGAACAGAGGUUUUAUAACCGUUUGGCAGCUUAUGAACUCCCUCUACUUGCAAAGUAUAGACAAGAAUAUAAGCGUCCCUCCUUCAAAACUCACCCAGUAACUUAUCGUUACACUACUUACCUUGGUGAAGAGCAUCCAAACGCCCGCAAAGUUGUUCUGUCUGUUAAAACAGCCGACCUUGGUCUAAAUGAUAAGGAGUUGCAUAAAUUACGUUUGUUGGCUAAGACCCGUUAUGAUCCAACAACAGAUAUUUUUAAAAUGUCCUCAGAUCGCUACGAAACCUCUGCUCAGAAUGCAAAUUACUUGAACAGUAUUUUUCAGAGAUUACUAAAGGAGGCUAAAGACACGACUGAUGACUUCUCUGAUGUGCCUUUGGACAAUAGACAUAUUAUUGCCAGACAAAUGCGGAAAAAGAAGAGGGGUUACAAAUUCCCCGAACAAUGGAAGCGUCCACAGGAUGCUCCUAAGAAAACUAUUGACUUGAUUGAUAUCUUGCACAAGCAAAUAUGA